GAAAAAGUGAUAGUAUGGAAGAAAAGCAGAAAGAGAUAGUCAAGAAAAUCAAGGUAGAAGAAAAAGAAAAGGAAGAGGCAGAGGCUAUGCAGGAGGAAGAGGAAGAUGAGGAGUCUGAGAAGGACAAAAAAGCUGAUGUUGGAAAGGCCAACAUAAAGGAAGAAGGGAAAAAGCAAAAGGAGGAGGAAGAUGAGGAAGAAGAGAUGGAUGUGGAUGAUUCAAAGGAGAAAGAGACAGCUGAGAAAAAGAAACCAACUUCAAUCCAUAGCUUCUUUUCACCAAGAUCCUCCAAGUCUACCCCAGCAAGUACAAGUGUUAAGAAAGAAAAAGAGAUAAAGAAAGAGAAGAAAAGCCCAGGCAGUCCAAAAGCCAAAAAGGAAACCAAAUCCCCUCGGCAAAAGAAUGCUAAGAAAUCCCCCAAGAGCUCUUCAGACGAUAAAGAUUCCUCUGAUGACAAAAAGAAAUCCCCCAAGAGUUCUUCAGAUGAAAAGGAUUCUUCUGAGGACAAAAAGAAAUCCCCCAAAGAAGAGCGAAAGGAUGAUAAGGAUUCUUCUGAGGACAAAAAGAAAUCCCCCAAAGAAGAGGAAAAGGAUGAUAAGGAUUCCUCUGGAGAUGAAAAGAAGUCCCCCAAAAAAGAGACUGCUGAGAAAAGCGAAGAUAAGGCAAAGGACAGCCCAGCUACUGAGAAGAAGGUGGUGAGAAACCCAUUUGCUCCUAAGGCCUCGGGUGCAAAGGAUCCUGGUGCGGAUUACAAUCCCUCCAAAAGCAAAUACAAUCCCAUCAGUGAUGCCUUUUGGAACCAUGGUGAAAAGACACCAUAUCUAGCUUUAGCUAAAACUAUGGAACUGAUUGAAAGCACAAGUGGCCGCUUGAAAACCAUUGAGAUGUUGGCUAAUUUCUUCAGAUCUGUCAUAGUUUUGUCUCCAGAUGACUUAUUACAGUGUGUCUAUCUAUGCCUCAAUAAAGUAGCACCUGCAUUUGAAGGUACUGAGUUGGGCAUAGGAGAAACGAUUCUCAUGCGUGCAAUAGCCCAAGCUUCGGGACGUAGUGUUGACAAAAUAAAACAGGAUGCUGAGCAGAAGGGUGACCUUGGAAUAGUUGCUGAACAAUCACGGUCAACUCAGAGAAUCAUGUUCCAGCCAGCAAAGUUGACCGUAAAGGCUGUUUUUGACAAGCUGAAAGAAAUUGCAUCCAUGUCUGGCAAUGACGUCCAAAGUAAAAAGAUUGACAAAAUCAAAGGAAUGUUUGUCGCCUGUCGGUUUUCUGAAGCCCGUUAUCUAAUCCGAUCUCUGAGUGGGAAAUUGCGCAUAGGUUUAGCUGAGCAGUCUGUGCUUCAGGCCAUAGCCCAGGCUAGCUUCCUCACUCCUCCAGGCCAAGACUACCCACCGGAAAUCACUGAUGCAGGGAAGGGAAUGAACCCAGAAAAGCUGAAGGCCAAAUUUGAUGAAUAUGGCAUGAUAGUGAAGACAACCUAUUGUGAAUUCCCAUCAUAUGACAAAAUCAUACCAGUUCUCCACAAAAGCCUAGAGGAACUUCCCAAGCAUUGUACACUGACACCUGGAAUUCCAUUGAAACCCAUGUUGGCCCAUCCCACUUCCGGGGUGUCUGAAGUCCUGAAAAGGUUUGAAAAUGCCAAAUUCACCUGUGAGUUCAAGUAUGAUGGAGAGAGAGCACAGAUUCAUUUGAAGGAAGAUGGUACGGUUAACAUAUACAGUAGGAACCAAGAAAACAACACAACCAAGUACCCUGACAUCAUAUCGCGGUUGAAGAAUGCCCUCGGAGAAGAUGUCAAAUCGUGUGUGAUUGACUCAGAGGCUGUGGCUUGGGAUCAGGAGAAAAAGCAAAUCUUGCCUUUCCAAGUUCUGAGUACAAGAAAGAGAAAGGAUGCAAAUGAGAAGGACAUCAAAGUACAAGUUUGUGUGUUUCCAUUUGACUUGCUCUACUUCAAUGGUGAGUCACUGGUCAAAAAGUCGUUUGAGGAACGCCGUGCCUUGCUGCGAGACAACUUCAAAGAAGUGGAAGGAGAGUUUGUUUUUGCUAAAAGUAUGGAUUCCACAAAUACUGAAGAUAUUGAGGAAUUUCUGGAGGAAUCAAUUAAAGGAAACUGUGAAGGUCUGAUGGUGAAAACAUUGGAUGUAGAUGCCACUUACGAAAUAGCAAAACGAUCACACAACUGGCUGAAGCUGAAGAAAGACUACCUUGAUGGGGUUGGUGAUACCAUUGAUGUGGUGGUGAUUGGCGGCUACACAGGACGAGGCAAGCGCACAGGACAGUAUGGAGGGUUCCUCUUGGCUUGCUAUGAUCCAGAGAAUGAAGAAUUUCAGUCUUUGUGCAAAAUUGGUACUGGUUUCACAGAAGAAGACUUACAGAAACACACUACCUUCUUCAAGGAGCACAUUAUAGAAAAGCCAAAAUCUUAUUUCAGAUAUGAAAACAGUGUUGCUCCUGACCAUUGGUUUGAGCCUGUGCAGGUCUGGGAGAUCAAAUGUGCAGACCUUUCCAUUUCUCCUGUACACAAAGCAGCGGCAGGAAUAGUAUGUCAUUUGAGUUGUUUUGAAUGUGCCUAA